AUCCCCCGCAGCGUGAUGCUGCCACCACCACCUGGAAUUUGAGGUGGAGGAGCUGUCCGUUCAGCACCACAGUCCGCCUGACGGGCGUAUCGAAGGAUGAUCACAAAAUAAGGGAGAUGUGCUCUCGAAGAAUUAAGAAAAGAAAAUCAAAGACGCGGAUCCCCCCCUCGCAGGUUGAAAGCAUUUAGUGGCAGCAGCACUCGAGAGACAGACGGACAGAGACAGUCUGCCUCUCUCCAGCUUGGUUUCUACCCUACCACACUGAAUUCAGCCCCUGUUUGGUAACGCAGCAUCAAUUUGGCAUUCUCCUACACACUGAAGCCUCGGCGGCGUCCAUGCGCAAGAAGACCCACCAUGAGCUCUGAAAGGCGCUGAGAAGACACAGAGAAGAUGAUGUCCUCCAUUCUCCGGGCGCUCCUCCUGGCAGAGGCCUGCCUCUACGUCUGCGGGGCCCCCACGCUCGUCCCCGGCUUCAGCCGGAUGCAAGGCAGCUCCUGCGAAGAGCACUGCGCAACGGACCGGGUGGCGCACACCACAGAGUCUGCCCCCUUGGAGAAAGAGCGCGUUACCAGCUUCAUGCUGGAUGUAGGCGCAGGAGGAGGGACUGGCCCACAUGGAGGGCCGGAGGGGAUAGGUCCAGUGACGCAGGCGAGAAACGGGGUCAGCGCUCGUGGAAGAUUUGGGUUGAGCAAGGCUGGUCGAAAGGAGACCGAGAGCGAACCUGAGGGGGAAGAUGUAGAUUUUGUAAAGGAGGACAAGCCUGUGGGUCCAACAGAUGGGAGACAACAGGUGGACACCGACAUGAACACCCACACACGGACUUCAGGUAGUUUCUGGGCCUCCAUUGCGCCACAGACGGACUCUUCCUACAGCCAAAAGAGCAAACAGGGCGGAACAGACGCGACCAAGUCGUCCGCUUUUGAUUCUGGACAGGAUGGAUACUUCGAAGCGACCAUGCAGUCUUCUCCAAACGCUCCCUUCUGGUCCCCCAAACCGGUCUCCUUUAGUCCCGUCCCUCCGUUGUUGCUGGUCACUCCUCGGACUUCCACACAUCCUUCAGCGAGGGGUCACGAUGCACCAACGAAAUCCUCGUCUUCAGAUCUCCUUCUACCUGAAAUCGGACCGCUCAACAUGAUGCCCAGAGACGACGGCCUGGAGAGUCUGUGGACCGAGGCGGCGAGACCUGCCGGAGCAGACACGGCGGUCCCGCUCUCACAGGAUGAAGCCACAGAGGCCACCAUGUCUUCAGAGGCCCUGCCUCUGAUCUUUGAGCCAUUCGAAGACACCACAGAGGAGGGACCAGCCGGAGCAGCAGCGGAGGCGGCGGUGGUCUCCCAGGCACUAGUCGGGUCUCCUGGUGCCAUGGCAACCAGUCUGCCGCCCACGUCAGAAGCGGACCCGGACCAGCUGGUGAACUCUGACAGCGACGGCCCCUCCAGAGAGCCACCGGCUCUUCUAUCCGAAUGGACUUCACCUUGGCAGGCGUCUGGCUCGGAGCUGCUGGAGCCGGUGGGCGCCGGUACCACUGCCUCACAGCGGCAGGUCCAGACUGAGCAGGAGGAAGAUCAUCCAGGGACAGAAACCGUGAGGACCACAAACUCUGAAGCAGGAACAUCCUUCCAUAACACAAUGACAACCAUAGCGAGCCAUCAGCUUCUGCACAAAUCCAGAACGGGGAUAGAGGAGAUGGAGUCUGAGGAGCUGGAUGAGGAUGAAGAUGAAGACGACGAGAACUCUGAGGAAUCGGUGGAAGAAGACAGUGAAGAAGACCUAACAGAAGCGCCAGAAACGUCCUCCACGCAGCCACCGUACAGCCUGAUCCCUCCGCCGCCGGUCUGGGUCCAGCGCAACCAAGGGCUUAUGCGCAGCUGGGCAGAGCUGAUCAGAGAAAAGGCCGGGUACGUGUCCGGGAUGUUGGCUCCCGUCGGCAUCGGCAUCACCGGGGCCCUGUUGAUUGUCGGCGCCCUCUACAGCAUCCGAAUGCUCCACCGCAAGAGAAGGAACAGCUUCAAACACCAGAGGAGGAAGGCCAGGCAGCCGGAGCAACCCCGGGAGCCUGGCACCAGCUGUCAGGAUCAGGCCAUGCUGCUGGCUGACAGCUCCGAGGAUGAAUUCUGAGAGCAUUCAGGCUUGUUUUUGUGAGCGAUCAUCAGCAGAUGCUCUCCAGUAGGAGCAGCCUGGAAAAUGUCUCUGUCAGUAUUAACCCCAUCAGUCUCGUCUGUUUGGGCACGGCUCAUCUGAUAUACACAGAAGAAGAAGAAGAAGAAGAAGAAGAAGAAGAAGAAGAAGA